CCCCCCUCUCUCUUUCACUCUCACUCAUACACUCCUUCACCUUCUCCCCUUCUCUCUCUGACUCAUAGAUUAUGGGACAUUUGCGUGUCUGUACAUAAGGGGGAAGAGUGUGAGUAGGCGGGUGGAUAAAAGCAGGAAAGAGCAAGUCUGGACUUGGUCGGAAGGAAAGGCAUACAGAAGUGAUUUCUUCCCAAGACAUCUUCAACUCUCCAGGUCCUCUCGUCACUCGACACCACAGACAGGCAGCUGGCUACCGCACGGAUAACAAGACCACACUCUGUGAUCAUAAAGACCUGAGACAGAGUUGUGGACUGCCAAUAAAUCUCCUAAAUCCAGCAAAUUAAGCUUCUGUAUUUUUGGGAGGGAAAAACACGGUGGUUGUGUGACUUUUUGGGUAUUCGGAGACUGAGAGACAUGGCGGAUACUGAGAACUACAACACGUUGCAAGAGUUCACAGAGGAUGCAUCAGGCAGAGGAAAUAAACCUAUACUCUACACGUCACAGGGCAGCCAAGGAGGUGUCAUGAAAGGAAUGGAAUGUUUGAAGGGACAGAUUUCUGUUUUCAUAUUCAUCGCUCUGCUGGCCUCUGUUUGUGUGAACAUAGUACUGGGUGUUCUCUUGACUAACAGUCGGUCCAGGGGUUCUUCCAGCCCAUGCAGCGUGGAAGUUUCCACAGUGUCCCUGAAGCUGAGCUCUGUGCAGGAACGCUAUUCCCGCCUGUGCUCCGAUUACACUGCUCUGGGGAAGAGCUGCUCCAGGCCUGUGAGGAAGUGCCAACCGUGUCCUGGGGGCUGGACCCAUCUCGAGGGGAAGUGCUAUUACUACAGUGACGACAAGCUGAACUGGGAGCACAGCAAGGAGAACUGUGCAUCCAUGGGCAGCUAUCUAGCAAUACUGCACACCCAUGAGCAACAUGAUGCCCUUGCGAACUUGGCUCGUAGUUUUGGCGGGUAUGACUACCAUUACUGGAUUGGCUUGUCAGAUACUGAAGUGGAAGGGGUGUGGAAAUGGGUGGACAACACGCUUGUCAAUAAAACGUACUGGAAUGAAUGGGAGAAAGAACCCAAUAAUCAUCAGUCUGGGGGUGAACAUGGUGAAGACUGUGCUGUGCUGGAGUCCCACUCUAAGAGCUGGUUCGACGUGCCCUGUGACUUCCUUUACAAACGGAUCUGUGAGAUGGAUGCCGUCAGUACAGAUUAAAUCAAAUGCCACAGCAUCCAUAGAAAAUACUGUGAAUAGAAUUGUGAUAUUGUAAAGAAGACACCACGUAUAUUUUGAUGUUUGAAUGUUGCUUUCGAAUGCAAUCUACUGUGCCUUUCCCCACUAUUUUUUCAUUAAUAAAAAGACCUGGAUAUGUACUGAA